CCGGGGUGGGGGGGCUCUCGCCCGAGGUUCCUGGGCGCUUUUGGGAGCGUGGAGCCCGGCGCGAGGUGCGAGCGAGCACGGGGGCCAACGAGCGCGGGGUGGGCGGCGGGCGGAGCGCAGCCGCCGGGCGGGCGGAGCGGGCGGGGAGCCUAGGUCUCCGCGGCUCGGGACCCGGCGGCGGGCGGCGAUGUUCCACUGCAUCCCCCUGUGGCGGUGCAACCGUCAUGUGGAGACCAUCGACAAGCGUCACUGCUCGCUGGUCUACGUCCCCGAGGAGAUCUACCGCUACGCCCGCAGCCUGGAGGAGCUGCUGCUGGACGCCAACCAGCUCCGCGAGCUGCCGGAGCAAUUUUUCCAGCUAGUCAAGUUACGAAAGCUUGGACUUAGCGAUAACGAAAUUCAGCGGCUCCCUCCAGAAAUAGCAAACUUCAUGCAGCUGGUGGAACUUGAUGUGUCCCGAAAUGAUAUUCCUGAAAUUCCAGAGAGCAUCUCAUUCUGUAAAGCACUACAGAUCGCUGACUUCAGCGGAAACCCACUGACUAGAUUGCCAGAAAGCUUUCCCGAAUUGCAGAAUUUGACAUGUCUUUCUGUAAAUGACAUCUCACUGCAGUCUCUGCCUGAAAAUAUUGGCAAGUCUUGUUUUUCUCCUCAGAAAGCCGUUUAGCCAGUCUUCAAUAUCUCCCUCAAGAAAGCCUCUGCGUUUUUGCAUCCAGUUGCCCCUAAAUUUUAAUGGUUAAAAAGGAUGCUGCUACUUGUUACUAGUGAAAAACCUAAUUUGUUUUGAAGUUUUCUCUAAACCGAUGGAUUCCAGAGUAGUUAAUUGAAGCGAAGUAGCAUGUGUUAUAUAGGUGGUUAUUAAAUACUGUCAGAAACGACUACUCCUAGUAAUUUCAUUGAAAACAUAGGGCAUGUGCCCUAAACAGCAGCUCUGACAGCGUUUGUGUGCCGUGGACCUGGGAACGGGGAGUUAGGGUGGUGUGUCUGGAGAGCAGGCGUGGUGUGUGUGUGUGUGUGGUGGGGGGAGGUGGGCUGGGACGGGCACGUGUCCACGAUGCUGGCUCGGAGGUCGGGGAGGACAGCCAUGUCAAGAAAUAAAAUCCUGUGGAGAAACUGUAUGCUGGUGAAUCAGUGUUCUUUUGCACAUUCCCACAGAUGAACUGAUUGAUGGAAUUAUCUUAGUAGGUCUGCUCGUCUUCUCCAUCCCUUCAGGACAGACAUUGGCUUAAAGCAGUCUGGUGGCUCAUGCUUGACCACUUAAAAGCCCACCGUGGCCAGCCGACACUGGUGGACCGGUGUGUCCUGCCGUCAAUAAAGGAUUUCUCUCGUCCUUACCCGUCCUGCCUAAGUUCUAAGAUAAAACAGAAGCUCGCCUUUUGGGGAACUGCAGUGUAUCUGGGUCUGUUCUGCAAAGGUUCUCUUGCCAGACGUCUGAAGCCCCCUGCGUCCCCUCCUUGCAGGAGGAGGACGGCUGGCUGCCCUGUUUCCGUCUGCAGGUCUCUGUUCCUCUGAGGUUCACGCUGAUGAUUGGACACUGGGCCAGCACAUGUGCUGAUUAAGAACUGUGCCCCUUAGCUCUCAGGAAGGGACAGAGACAAGAGGGUCCCUGAGUUCAUGGUACCCGUUGUGGAGGAAAUUAACAGUGUUUUGCCAUGGAUUUCAUGCACUGCACUCUUGCUGUGUCAAGUUUCAUAUGUUUCUAAUUAAUAUAAUAGCCACUGAAAUACUGCUGCUGCCCUCCUCCUGCCCCUCGGGGGGGGGGGGGUCUCUGGAAUCUAAUUCCCUUGAGACCCUCCUCCACUCUCCCCGGCCUCCCACUGGCCUGAUGGCUGCCCCUUCCAUCCCCUCAUUCAUGUCUUUUUAAACAGGUUUCAUGCUGAGAGAAAAUAUGUUCUUAUUAAACCAGAGUUCCCUCUCACUCCCUACUGCAUUGUUUUUAUGGAAAAUGUUACUUAACAAUCCUUUCAGGAUAAUUUACGAUAGCCUUUAUGCCACUUUUCUGUUAAUAUCUAUGUUUGUUUUUGUCAACGUUCAGCGUUUCUUGUGUAUCUGCUUUUUUGAUCAGUAAUAAGGGCAGUUUUUUGUUUUGUUUCAAGUUUAGAUUUAAUCAGCUUGUGUUAUUAUUACAGCCUCAUAUAUACCGCUUGUUUCCAAAAUAAAAUGCCACUUUGAACUUGAACCGUGUGGUGAAUAAUCACCCAGAAGGUAAGAAUAUUGGUUAGAGGAGUGAAUCAACUGAUUUUUAUUAGGUCAGCUGGUGAAAAUUAAUGGGAAACGGGAAGUUUCCUAUUCCUGGUUUUGUUACCGUAGCAAGAGACUCCAUGGUUUCUUCCUGUUGGACUUAGGGUUUAUGUGUCCGUUCUCACUUAGUAGAAAGAAACGGAGAGCAGACUCCUCCCUGGGGAAGACUGGACCCCUCUUGUGCCCUGGACGGUGCUGAAAAGGCACUUGAAACGGCUGAGUUGGUGACUGUCCAGGAGAUCUCCUGUUUGCAUAAGCAUACUGUACUUUAAACAAAUCGUUAUUUGACACUUACCAACUUUCCUCUUGGGAGGGACUCUUCAGUUUCCCGAAGAUUCCCACAUGGUUGCUCUGGAGCAUUUAACCAAAUAUUUAGUAACCAGAAUACUUCUCAGAGACAGUAUGGUAUCGUAAACAAGGCACAAAGAUCGGGUAUUACAAAAAAUACGAAAAUGACAUCGAAUGGCCACUUGCAUGACGGAUACUCACUGUUGUCUCUGUGGAUUCUGAAGUGGAGGUUUGGGCAUAAAUUAACCCUGCCUGUUUGGUCAGAUGGGGCAGCUACCUCAGCAUUGGCCUUUUGAGCCUCAGUUGACGAUGGGAUCUCGGUGUCUCCUUUCGGCACCUGGCACGGCACGUGGCCUUAACUGGGAGAACUGUGGGUUUCUCCAGGAUCGGGUGGGCGUGUCCUGCCUGGAGGAGAGAGCCCAGCCUUUAGGACAGGCAGCCUUGCAGGGCCUCGGAGCUGAGGGUACCCUCUUCCAUCCCGUGUGAUUCGCUGACGGCAGUUUGAAGAGCAUUCGGGCGUUGAUGGCAGAGUUGGAGCUGGAGUCCGGCGCUCCUGGCCCCAGGCCUGCUUUUCCCCCACUCCACCCCCAUCACCGUAGGACAGCCACCUCCCGCGGCCCUGAGGGGCUCAGCGACUUUCUCCUCAUUCCCCUAGUGACACCUAACAGUCCAUUUUUUAAGUAGUCAGGUCCAAACAACUUGAUAAGCAUUUUUGUCCUAACAACCUAGCAGCUGUUCGAAAAAGUAAUAGUAUACAUUGAAAGACUGAAUAUUUGUAUUUCCUUCUUAAACAUCCCCAGAUCUGUGCUCUGGGAGGUGGGUUACCCGAUGGGCACCUGCCCAGCUUCUCAAAAUACCACGGCAUUUCCUUUUCAACGUCCUGGGCAUUUGUCACCGCUUUGCAAAGAUGCACUGUCCUCGACAGGCGUGCAGAGGUCCCGUGAGUUUGCCUCAGUGAGCAGUAGCUUGCUGCCGUCGGAAUUGCUGAGUGCACUGUUUGGGUGCUUGGGAGUCUGCAGCAUCAGCUGUUGGUGAUGAGCAGCAGCCAGCAUCGCCCAGGUGGUUCAUGUCCUACAGGGCGCGGCUACGUGCCAGGUAACCGUCAGUGCAGUUACCUCGAUAAAGCAAGUCUCUCAGGUAGUAGAAUCUUUAUAAUACUUGUGGCAAGAUGAGAAAUGAUCAGGAAAAUCUUUUGAACCACAGAGAGUUAUACGGGCUACUUCGUGCAAAAGCACACAUUUUUCUUUCGCUAGAAUAAAAGUGUCUCAAAUUUGUUGACUCUUUUCUGUGAUGGCCCGUGAGUACAUUCCUUGGUCCUUCAAAGGAAAGGUGAUACCUAACAAAGAGCGGGAAACGAACUCACCUUCAAUGGGUGUUUUAAAACCCCUUUGUUAACAAUAGAAAAAUACACCUUCUGAUUUAGUCUUUGUGAGCAAGUGUUUGAUGUUGGGGAAGAUGGGAAUUUAUCAGCUGAAUUUCAGCAAAGACCUUUCCAUAAUCAGAAGAAAUUUGAAAAAAUUGGUCCUAGUGGUUUAAUAAGAGCAGCUGAUAACGCAGUUCUUGGAUCAGUGUAACUUUGCGAGGUGUCUUUUUCACCUGUUACAGCCAUUAAACAAGUAUCAAAACAAAUCACUUAGAAUCAGUUUUGUUCCCAAAUGUAAAACAAAA